AAGUAUUUCUAAUGAAGAUGAACGUCUGUCGGAAAAACGUAUCGAUAACGUGCCAAAUUGGGGGCGACUCGAUGUGCAACAAGGAUCGAGAGUCUUUCAGGGCGUCCGCCAUAGUUGCAAAGCACCUUACGGAAUGUUUAAUUGAAGCCAACACGACGGAAAUGAAAUAUAUUCGGUUCGCCAUCAAGGCGAAAUACCUCAAGAACUUGAACGAGUUGGGGUCCCGAGGUCUGGGGGAAGAGGAGCCUCAGGUUCAACGAGGAAAAUGCACGCUGGGCUACAUCUGCAUUGACAAUCAAUAUCUUCAAGAAAUUAGGGUCAACUGCUACGCCUUUCACUUUGACAAAAAUGACACCCCGUUUAACGGAACGAGCAAAAAGUUUACAUGGAAUGCUCCCAAGAAGUAUGAGGGGACUGUGUUCUUCAAAGCUAUGGUACAAGUUUCAUACAGCAAGUUUUACAUCGAUGUCGACUCGGCAGAAAUCACACUGCCUCAAUGAAGAGAAGAAUACACAAGUCUUAUUACGAAAUUGGUGACGGCAUUGGAGAUUAAAUACCAUGAUGUGAAUUUUUUAUCAGACUUAAAAACAUGAUUGAGUAUUUAUUAAAUAUAGAUUUUUUUAAUAGCAUGUCAAACAUAAGAGCUUAAUUUUAUUAAUUAUCAAUAUUAGAUUCAUGCAUUCUUUGGCAUUGUAUUUCAAACACGUGCAAUCAUCGCGAGUAAGAUAUUUACG